UUCUUCCCCUUUUGAGACAAGAACGCUUAGUCAUGACACGCCACUGGCUGCAUGGCGCUACGCUGUUGCUCUUCACGAUUCCACCGGUGGCAUGGGCGUGGUGGGACAACGGCCACAUGCUCACGGCAGAGAUUGCACGGCAGCAGCUCACAAAAAGCCAAGUGGCAGUCAUCAAUGGUCUCCUCGAGGAGUGGUCAGAUGAUUUUCCUGGCCUAUGCGAUUUGGUAACUGCUGCCGUGUGGCCCGACCAGCUAAAGUGUGCCAACCAUGGCGCUGUAUGCCCUCGAGCUGUGAUGGAGAACAUACACAUUUUUGAUCCCUGGCAUUUUGAUGAGAAGCCCUACAAUCCACAGAAUUUGACCCUUCCGCAUUGCGCUGAUCAAUGGCUGCCCAAUCCAUCUGCUUCCUUCACUCUAACUUCGGCGAUCACUUCCAUGGGAACUUCGAACUCCCGUUUCGCCUUCAACUUCAUGCUGCGAUGGGUCAUCCACCUGGUGGGUGAUAUCCAUCAGCCCUUGCAUUCAGCUGAUGGCUACUUUGAUGACGCCCGUUUGGGUCAUUUGCCGCAAGGUGAUCGUGGUGGCAACCUGAUCCCCGUCAUCAGCGACUGUGGUGCCAACAAUUUGCAUUUCUACUGGGACUCUGCUGCUUGCCAAUACCUGGUGAACUGGUCGCCUCAUUACCAGGAUCAUCGAGAAGCACUGACCCAGAAUGCCAGCGAUUUGAUCACGAAGUAUCCGCCUUCAAGCUUUGGGACGCGCUACGACCCGGAACACCUGAAAGCCUGCUGGACUCAGUUGCAGAACAAAUCGAAGCCCUCCGGUGUCUUUGAUAUUUGUCAGCAAGUCUUCGUGCGCUGGGUCAAUGACACUUUUGAUACUGGGGUGCCAGGUGCUUACGGUGGCAUUACCAGAAAUUCCAUGAUUCCAGACGACUAUGCUGUCUGGGCCAAGGCACUGGACAUGGUUUGCUUUUGGAAAACUUAUGCUGAAUUCGAGUCACAUCUGCAGUUAUCCACGAUGUAUAUACUUGAACGGACAGAGCAGACAGGGCAAAAAAAGAUCGAGAGAUAUAGGAAGGUCAUGGUUGUCACAAGGAAACUCGAGCAAAAGAUUUGCUAAUGCCUUUCUGUAGGAAACUGCUACAAAAACAUAUCAACUUCCCAUUUCCAUACCUGAGUCAUCAAUCCCUUCUCCCACUUAGAUAGUGGGUAAUCGCCAAGCUCUUCGGAGCUUAAAAGUGAAGGAGGCCUUGGAAGCUUUCUCCAGGAGAUGUCGCGUCGGCAGAUUGUGCUGGGCGGCUACCGGCUGGGAGAUAUGCUUCGACUUCUAGCAGAACAGGGCGCAAGAGUGAAGCAAGUGCCAGACAGGAAACCACAUAUGGACCUCAACACCAAGAUCUUCAUGGCAUCGACCAUUGUCCUUGCCGUUCUUCUUGUGCUUCUAUUGAUUCGGUACUGCAAACUGUCGCGUCGUUUGAGAGACAUUACUUCUCCCAAUGACAUGGCAUUGGAAUUGAAUCGAGCCGUUGCUUAGUGAAUCAAAUCUAUGUUCAA